AUGGGAGUUUUGACCUGCUCCGUUUCCGACCUGGGCCGGUGCGGACACCCGAUCAGCGUAGCGCACGACAGCCCAGAACUCCUGGACUCAAGCGAUCCUCCAGCCUCAGCCUCCCGAGUAGCUGGGACUACAGGCGCGCGCCACCACGCCCGGCUCGGCUAUAGUCUUAAUUCCUACUAA